UCAAGCAUUUGUGUGCUUCCAGGAUUCUUCAUCUCCAAUUUACUUGGCCAUCACCUGUCUAGUGCCUCGCUGCCGAACCAUGUCCGAGGCUUCUUUCAGCGUUGUCGAACCAGUGGAGAUUGAGGAGGUGGACCGCAAUCCACUUGAACAGUUCAUGCUCAAGAUGAGGCAUGAUUUAGGAGGCUUUGGACCUCAGGUGAGAGGACCAAAUGGAGAGAAUCUCAUCAUUGAGACUAUCAAAACUGGGAAGUUCAAUUUUGAUUUCAUCAGCCAACAAGUGCAAGAGAUCGAAAAGCUUGAUCCGACGGCUGGCAUGCAAAUUGCCAGGAAAGCAAGGAAGCACUUGGAGACUUCUGCUGAGUCGGUUCUCUUUGUCCAAUCGAAAGUCAAGAACAUUGCCUCCUAUUUGUUGGAAAUUUCAGAGCAUGUCAACGAGAAUGAGAUGGAACUGUUUCGAGAAACCAUGAAAGACGUGGUGAAGACUUCUCAAGCCCUAUCGAACAAGACCAUGCUCAUCAGGGGCGAGCUGAAUGAGGAUGAAGAGGAAUUGAUGAACAAGUCGCGGGAACAAAUGGCAAAGAAGCUUGAGAAUGAACGGCUCGAGAAGAGAUGCACCUGGGGCAAACGGGGCGCAGCUGUGCUAUCAGCUGCUACUGGGGCAGCAUCGUACCCGGUAGCCGCGGCUCUUGGCAGCAGUGCCGCUACCAUCAGUGGACCACUGGGUGCAGUAAGUGCGUCUGUUGUCUCUGUUUGUCCAGUCACCAUGUGUAUUUGUGUGGGAGCUGCUGUAUUCUGCGGGAUAGCGGCAAUGGCCUGCCACACCAAAGCAGAGAUGCAUGGCAAAUGUGCCCGUGCAGCAGGCGAGAUGGCUGAGUUGACGGAAAAAAUGGGCCAAGCAGCUGAGCAACACCAAAGCCUUUGGACGGGUGUGAGCAUGGCUGCUCAAGACUUGUCUGAUGACAUUGCCAAGUUGAAGGAUCUCAACAGCGGGCGCAAGCGUCAGCUGGAGCAAACCAUGAAAGAUGUGGCAAAGUCUUUGAGCAUUCUGGUGGAGGCGCUUGAGGAGUACUCUGUUUGGCUCAGCUUGUGCAAGUACUUCCCUGCGAACUACCCACUGCGUGCCAAAAUUGGCGGCAGGCGCUUCGACCACUUGCGGGACGGUUUGACAGAGAAGGGUAAGCACACGGAGGUAGUCCCAGCCUCUGUGAUGGGAGCCUGAUACUUUGGACACUUUCAGAUUUUGACCUUAGCCCAGGCUGCUCAUUUCCUGUGCCAACUUGACAAACAAGUUAGCAUGCAGCUGGGGUGUCGCUCUUGCCCGCAGAUAGGGUGGCACUUCCCCUUGUGGCUUUUGAUUUUGGCAUAUCCAUGCAUAUUUUAACGGCUUUUGCACCUUUAAUUCGCAGCCGACCUAAGAUUUAUCAGAGGCGCAACAUCUGUGCCACGAGCCACCACACAGCAGCGUGGCCAAGACAUCAAGGAGCACCCCGAGGCCGAAAAAAGGUCUGA